AUGGCAGCAAAGAUCCUUGCCAACUUAAUUGUGAUGGGCUCCACUAUAUUAGGCAGGGCUUUCAUUCAAGCAUACCGUCAAGCACUUGCAAAUGCUUCAAAAUCUGGUGUUGCCCAAGAGACAAUUCAAAACACAAUCCGCAGAGGAAGCAAAGUCAUGACGGAGCAAGAAGCUCGGCAGAUUCUUGGUGUCACUGAGGAAACUUCUUGGGAGGAGAUAUUGAAGAAGUAUGAUGCUUUAUUUGAGAGGAAUGCUAAGAACGGAAGUUUUUACAUCCAAUCAAAGGUUCACAGGGCGAAGGAAUGUUUAGAGGCUGUAAAUCAAGGAAAAGGUGAGGAGGACAGCAGGAAGACAAUCCUUGCUUCUGCUGCUGCUGCUGCUGCUGCUGCUGCUGCUAUGCUACCAAUUUUGAAUGAAUGA